CUUUGCACUCAACAGGUUCCGGUAACCGGUGUGAGGACAUAGAUGCAACUCUCUGUCAGACUUACAUGUCACGCGGCUACCUGACCAACCCAAACUUUCAGUACACCGUGACCUGUCAAUGCCCCAAGUCAGCCGGAGUCUGUGUCGGUGGUGACGAUGGAGAUACUGGGCAAUCGGAGGAGGCGAGUGAGGAAGAAGUGGAUGCUGGCGACUUUAAGGACGGGUGUCUGGGGGCCCACAACACCCACCGCGCCGAUCACUCGGCUAGACCUCUCACCUGGUGUGAGAAAUGCGCCGAGUUUGCUCAGCGACAUUGCGACACGCUUGCGGCCCGAGGAGAUGGACGCAUGACCCACUCCACUCGCCGUUCGCGCAUCUGGGACGGCAAGCCGCAUGGCGAGAACCUGGCGUACAUGACCGGCGCCACCUGCCCCAUGGUUGUUGACUACUGGUACGACGAGAAGGAUAACUAUAUAAGAUACAAAUGGAACCCCGUGCGCAACUUUCGUCACGGCGAUUUCGGCCAUUUUACACAGGAGGUCUGGAAGUCGACCACUGGCGUUGGGUGUGGGCAGACCGGUAACUACGUCUGCUGCGUCUACGAGCCGUCUGGCAACAGGCUCUCCACCUUGCAGUUCCGCCGAAACGUCGAGACUUAAAGUCAUUAACAGUCAACCGAAUCGAAUGUAUACCAGCGCAUUUCUUUUAGACCAUCAACAUCAGUCCCAGUAGCAAGUCGGUAGAACGUACUGCGCCUGCGCACACCCCCCCCCCCAUUUUCACGGUUUUCAUUGGAUUUUUGGUCAACGUUGCAUGAGAAUUUUGCCUGUGGGGGCAGACAAUAUUUUUUUCCAACAUAACAUUUGGAAACUACAGACGGAGUGUUAACCAUAUAUGCGCGAAUACGAUUUUAUAUGAGACGUUCUGCUAUGCACAAUACAUUACGGGUUUCGCGUAGGUGCAGUACGUUCUGCCGACGUGCUAGUCACAGUAUACAUUCUGUUACGCGCCCAGCUUGUUACUGUUCUUGUGUCAUAUAUCCACCAGAUAGUUGUGUCUGAAUAUGUUUGUUGCUUCUAAUGAGUAGAUCAACAAUUGUACUGAAAUUAUGGGCUUGAUGUAGAAGUGUUUUUCGGUGUUGUCCAUAUAUUUACAUCACAUAUACCUUAACAACUAUCACUGUACAUGUAAGCAUGUCAAUCCUUGAUAACACCAUUCACUUGUUAAGAGGUGUUAGGACUGUAAUCGUGGCAAUUGAUUCUAGAAUUUCAAUGGGAGUUUUCAAUACAGAGAUAUCCAUUUUAUAUUGUAGUUUAUCAAAACUUUAUCAAACACAAACCUAUAUCUAUGUCAAUCCUUGAUAGCACCAUUCACUUGUUAAUAAGAGGUGUUAGGACUGUAAUCGUGGCAAUUGAUUCUAGAAUUUCAAUGGGAGUUUUCAAUACAGAGAUAUCCAUUUUGUAUUGUAGUUUAUCAAAACGUUAUCAAACACAAACCUAUAUCUAUACUAAUGUUCCUAUCUCGAUCAGUCUUACCAAGGCACAGUUUUCAUGUACUGUUUCCUAAACUUCUGAAGUAUUAACAUUACAAUAGUAUUAAUUCUUAAUUCCAGGCUAGGCACUGGUAGUCAUUGAGCCUCAUCUUUAUACUGCUGUUUAUGAAGAGACAUAAGUAUUUCACAUCACUAGAGAGCAUUUUUCAUAAGUCUAUUUAAUACUUUGUACUUUCGCAACAGCUAAGACAAUACAUAAUGUGCACCUUGA